AUGGAAUCUUAGUUAACAAACUUAUCUGACCUUAAUUUAAAAGACAGUGCUCUAACCAUUGAUGACUUUGAAUUGAUUAAAGUUAUCGGAACCGGUUCUUAUGGCAAGGUCAUUCUGAGCAAGAAGAGAGACACAAGCUAGGUUUACGCAAUCAAGACUCUAAAUAAAAAACAUCUCAUUAAGAAAAACCAAGUUGAACAUACUAUUGCUGAGAGAUCAAUCUUAGAAAAUGUAACUCAUCCAUUCAUCAUUGAGUUAGCCUAUGCUUUCCAGACAAAGAAUAAAUUGUACUUUGUACUAGAGUUUUGUCCUGGCGGAGAGCUAUUCUUCCACUUAUCAAGAAUUGGAAAUUUUGAUGAGAAAAUCCUUAAACCGGAAAACGUGCUGAUCGACAAAGAUGGAUAUGCAAAACUAACAGAUUUUGGGCUAUCUAAGGAAAAUAUUAAGACUAAUUCUGAUGCUAAGACAUUGUGUGGUACUCCAGAGUAUCUAGCCCCAGAGAUCGUUGAUAGGAAGGGGCACGGAAGAGCUGUUGAUUGGUGGAGCGUUGGUUGCAUUAUCUAUGAAAUGUUGACCGGGCAACCCCCAUUUACCUUGUAAAAUGGCAAUAGAGAUGAGCUUUUCGAAAACAUCAGAAAGUGCAAUGUUUAAAUCCCUAAAAAUAUUAGUCCUUAAUGUGAGGAUCUACUUUUGAAAUUAUUCGUGGCAAAUCCUGAUGAUAGACUUGGUGGAGGUCCUAAUGAUGGAGUAGAUGUAAUGUAGCAUCCUUGGUUCGCAGGUGUUGAUUGGGACAUGAUAAUGACUAAAUAGAUUAAACCACCCUUCAAGCCUAGACUUUAAUCAAACACUGACGUGAGAUAUAUUGAUGAGACCUUCACUAAAUAAAAUGUUAAUAACUCUCCAGAGUCAUUGGUUGAUUCCCUGAAAGGAGGAAUGUGGGAAGGAUUCACUUACACAGGCAAGACUGAUUUGAUGUGA